AUGGUGGGUGUUCCUGGUAGAUCCAAGGGAUGUAUCACAUGUCGCAAACGCAAGAAAGGAUCUAUCUGGCUCAACAGUAAAGGGUCAGAACAAACAUCUUAUACCAAGUCGCCACAAAGAGACAGCCUUGACACAAAACCCAUCUCAAAGCCACCCCGUGCAUCUAUAAUAACGCUACAUGACUCACUUGUCAGGACAGCCAGAACUCAAAAGUUCACUGGACUUUUCUGGGUGGAUUAUCUCUCAGGGGGGAACGGCUUCUCGCUCAAGGCUUCGGGUACAACGAGCUUCCAACGUAUGAGACUCUAUGAGGAUUUGAGUCAGGUAGAGCCUGCUCUUCAAUAUGUUGCGAUGGCACUGAGCACGGCUACUCUUGGCGCAAACAGAAACGAUAUGCAACUCACGCGAAAGAGUCAACAGGCAUAUGGCUUGGCGUUGCAGCAAAUGGCUGUCUCUUUAAAUUCGUUCAGACAAGACAAGGAUGGUAUGCUCGCGGCCAUUCAGCUGAUGCGAGUUUACGAACAAUUGUUUGGCACGGCUUUCAUCGACGACCCAAGAAGACCCACAGCUCAAGGCUUCAAAAAACACAUCGAUGGUGAAACAGCACUCAUCUUAAGCCGAGGCCCCGGUGAUAUCUGGUCUUCUAUGGGUCGCCAGCUGUUGGCUGAUGGAUGUCUUACUCUGAUCAAUGCCUGUAUUUCUAGAAGAACAAGAUCACCUUUCAGUCAACAGCAGUGGAAGCGAACACCACUUUGGCGCUCAGUGACUAACUCGCCACUCAACAAGCUCAUUGACAUCUUGGUAGAGGUCCCAGGUCUUCUGGAAGACUUGGAUUUUUUUCGGCAAGCGUCUCAUUCGAUGAAAUCAGAAGAGCUGGCCGAUACGCUCAAGGAUGCAUGCCGUGAGUGCGAGUUUGACCUCUUAGCUUGGGAGGUAGAAAUAGGCGAUAUUCUCACGACUUACGACUAUACCGUCAUGGGGAAAGUCUUACCUCAUCCCAACAAUGACGACGAUCUAGCUGUUAUUUACUUGAGCUGUUACUAUUGGAUGACUUGUCUAAUGGUAUACUCAACACUGGGCUUCUAUGAACUUGAAGAAACAGAGACCGGCACAGAACGCCAUCUUAUGGAUUGUCCAAGUCAGAGAAUCGCCACAACUUAUGCCUACCGCAUCGCGCACGCAAUUCAUCUGCUAUUCCAACCACCAGCGGGGGACUACAGCUCCGUGGCUGCUUUCUUCCCUCUAGGAAACGCUAUACGGUAUCUCAUCAUGACGGAAACAUACGGUGGCCAAAGAAUGAUGAGCAACGAGAGAUUAUUGCUCACGAAAGUCUUUACAGGACCGUUGCUAGGGAGUUUUGUUGGUCAGUUUUUGAAGAAUCUGCAGGCCGAUGAUGGUGUAGACUAUGGUUAUCCUGCAGAAAGGCUGAGAGCUGGGGUACCGGACAUGCCCGUGGAAGGAGCAUGUCUUUGA